AUGGAGGGCACAAAUCCUACAGAUGGCAGUGAAGCUUUCGUCACCUAUGGCCGUGGCUUGCUGAAGAUCUUCAACACAGGGAAGAACUUCGGAUUUAUUUCGCCAGUCUUCAAAGGUGAAGACCAUGAAGGUCCACCACUCCCUUCCUCAGUUGACGAAGGCAUUUGGUUUUUUGGGAACCAUUCACUACCUAUGCGCGCGAGUUUGGGGGUUGAACUCACCUUCGAGAUCUGGGAGAACUCACAGGGGAAGGCACAAGCGAGGAGUGUCCAGGUGACCUCAGAACCAAGCGCAGUUGUGCCAGUGGAGCAGAAGCAGGAGGUCCAGCACCAGGUCCAGCACCAACAUUCGAAGCGAAACCAGAAUCUCCACCCCAACGAGCCCAGAGUUAUCUAUCCCUCCGUGUAUGUGUCGGACGUUCCUGUUGAAUGGAACGAGGCUGCCAUCCGCAAGCUGCAUCGGCAGCUAGGGCUGAAUCCAGACAUCAUCAUGGGUUUGAAGUUCUUGCCUUUCACAGAAGUCUCCUUAGGUUUGGCUGGCACCAAAGGAGAGAAGCAGGCGACUCCAGUGACGGGCUCUGUGAUUUUGCGUUACGUGAAUGAGGAGGCUGCGAACGCCGCCGUGGAGCGGCUGAAAGGCCAUCCGAUUCAGACCUCUUCCGGAGUCACGAAGCACUUGGGCGCCAAGCAUGCGACACCGCCGAAAUGGGUGGUACAGAGGAAAGCGCAAGAAGACGAGGCCAAAAAGGUCACAGGUCAUCACAUCUUCGACAAGUCACAUGGGCAGAAGCUCAAGACCUCCGAGGGCCAGAGCCAAAAGGUCUCUGGCAUCGUGCACAGAGUUUCUAUGGCUGGCUACGGCGUGAUCAAAUCCCCCGAAUGGGGAGAAAUCCUGUGGCGGCAAUUCGAGCUUCCGACGAAUCUGCGAUGUUUGCAAUUCACGGACCGUGCCAAGUUUAUCGGACAAGUAGAGCACAGAGAAGAGUACCGGCGCCUCAAGGACAUGGUAGGAAAGCAGGUAGAUGCUGAACUCUACAAAUUGCCCGAUGGACAGCUUCGAGCCUCACAUGUUCGAGUCUCACGUCCGGUGUUGGAAAAUGUGGAUGACGAGGGCAUGCCAGCGCUUGAAGGCCAAGCUGAUGAGGAGCCACCAAGCUUCCCUCCCGUUGGCAUGAUGCCCUUUGGCCCUGGCAUGCCGCCAUUUAUGGAUCCAUCCUUUGCGAUGAUGGGAAUGCCACCACCCUGGGCCAUGGGCAGCUUGGCUGUGUCGCAUAAACUGCAUGAAAAGUACAAAAUCUUUGGGAUAGGUCUGGCGGCGAUGAUGGAUAUUGGGAAAGAGGAGUACGGCUUGAUGAUGGACUCAGAGAUAGGAAUCUAUGCGAUGCGUGCUGAGGCUUCCUCAGAUGAAGCCUGCGGUGCUGAUGGCACGUGGUCCAAGCUCUUGAACCGGAUCCAAGCCUUUGAGAGACGGAAGGUUUGGCCUGGGGCAAGGGUCUCGCCAACAUUGACUACGUACGACUUUGGAAGUUUCAAGAAGUCUGGCAGAGACUACGACCUGCAUCUCCUGAGGGAAAAUGCCCGCUAUCUUGUGGAGAAGGGAAGGUGCCAGCCAGAACAGCCUUGCCAGAAGGUGGAGAACCAGCUGAAGAAGGUGAUUUGGACCUGGUGGACAGAGUUGCCUAUCGUUCGUCUAGAAGUGGCGAAGAGGAUGAUGGUUCAGUUGAGCAGACAGAGUGGACCUGGACCAAUCAGUUGGAGGGCAGUGACGCAAAACAUCUUCUUCCCUCGGUUUGAGCACGUUGUUUACCAGAUGUGGUGUAUGCUUUAUGAGGGCUGGGACAUCCAAGAUGUCACCAAUAUCACUCUUGAAGCAAAGUGGGGUUCAUACCUGGAGGUUUCCUCGGAGGCAUUGAGCAAAGCUCAAUCAGGGAAGAUCAUGGCUCUCUCCAAAGAGGAGCCGCCGCUCAUUCUCUUCCACGUUGAUAUGCUGGACCUAAGGUACAGUGCGGGCGGACAUGAUUACAAAGUACUGUGGGAAGAUUUGGUGCUGGCGCUCCUCAAGCUGCACAACAGGACCGACUACAGCGAAGAAAAUAUCCACUAG